CUCUUACUUAAUUAAAGAGACUCUUGUCUUUACCUCUUACUUAUCAUUAUAUUAUCUAGAUCUACUGAUCUAGUACUUCUAGUGAACAGUGGCACUACUCAUCUACUGCUACUUUAAAAAAUGUUUACAAUGAGCAUAAGUAUGGAAACAGCUUAUGGAAGUUUGACACUGUUCACCUCCAUUCUUCAUAACGUAUUUUUACUUUAUCACAUCGACAUAUUCGUCUCCGUUUACAAGAUUGAUAAAACGUCCUUUUGGUUUGGAGAAACGCUUUUCUUAAUAUGGAAUUCUCUCAACGACCCAAUUUUUGGCUGGAUCAGUGACAAGAAAUUGCUCGGUAUAGUUUCCAAUAACAGCAGUGUGACAAAUAUCGUUUGGAGUAGGCUUGGCGCACUUCAGCUGUACGGGCCUCUAUUUUCUUGUGCCUUUGUUUUGUUUUGGGUUCACUGGGCAUGGCCAGGUCUUCAGUUUGCUGUUUGUUUAUGCCUGUAUGAUGGUUUUCUAACAAUGAUAGAUUUGCAUCAUUCAGCACUCUUGGCUGACUUGUCACUCUCAGAUAGUGUGAGGACAAAACUGAACUCCCGAUGUUCUCUAUUUAGUGCCAUCGGCUCCAUUUCAGUCUUCUUAUCUUAUUUAGUAUGGAACAAGAUAGAUCUGACAACGUUCCGUAUUUUCUGUUUUGUGCUGGCUACAAUAUCUUUUAUUGGUUACUUAAAGAUGGUCAAAGUUCUAAAAAAAGCCUACAUUAAGUACAGCAAGGAUUCUCAAGUUCAAACUGACUUACAAGAUCAAAGUGUCACAGAUUCAUUCAGUGGCCAAGAAAGUAAGGCAUCCAUUCUGAAGUUUGGUCGACAACUUUUAUCUCACAGAAAUUUUUUAUGGUUCGCCUUCUUGAAUCUAGUCCAGGUGUUUCAUUGCCAUUUUAAUUCCAACUUCUUCCCAUUGUUCCUUGAUACAUUCUUGGGGGAUGCUGUCAGUCCAACAGUUGCGUCUGGAUUACUGAGUAUUUCCUUCAUCGCUCCCCACAUCAAUAACUUAUAUUUUCUAAGUUUAUGUAAGAAGUAUGGUGUAUACUCUGUGAUUAGAUAUCUCUUCCUCAUCAAACUAGCAUUGGCCGUCGUCAUGUAUCACGUUGGUCCAGAACAUAUUUGGAUGCUUGCUUUUUUCAUAGCCAGUAACAGAGUAUUCACUGAAGGAACUUGUAAGUUGUUGAAUUUAGUGAUUAGUGAUCUGGUGGAUGAGGAUGUUGUUUUACAUUCCCGGCCGCAGGCGGUCUCUGCUCUAGUGUUUGGUACCGCAGCUCUAGUCUCCAAACCAGGUCAAACUUUGGCACCUGUGAUAGGAACUUGGAUCCUGGCACUUCAGACAGGUCACGACAUAUUUCAGUCAGGAAAUGAAGAUGGAUCUAUCAAGCUUGACCUAUCCAAAAUGGAUUCUGCUGUGCGGCUAGCUUAUAAACAAGGUGUUUUCAUGAUGUUAAUCUGUGUCCCUGUUGUUUGCGCUAUCCUUCAGCUUUUGGCCUGGUCACGGUACACACUCAAAGGUCAGCGUCUAGCCCAAAUUAAGUCCUUUAGGGCUAAGCUGCACCAUAUACCAGUGUAAAGGACAGCACUGGGAUUUUUUUAUAAAGUGGUGAACUUAGUGUGGGAGGACUUUAACAAGUAUAAUAAAUAAUAUUGAUGAAACAUUUUGUAACUCUUAUAGCAGAACUUUGAUAAAAAAAAAAAAAGAAGAAAAGCUUUAUAACCUUUAUUGCUGAUUAUCUUGUCACCAUGCUGUUAUUUUUUUUUUAGCUUUUCUCUAAGUUUUGUUCACAUUUUGUUUGUAUGUGAAAUGGGAAGUUAAUUUAAAAUGAGUUAUAGUUUUUAAAAAAUGUUGAUUUUUAAGAAAAAUCAAAAGUUUAUAUUACUGUAUUUUUAAAUAGUAUAUACUUGUACUGUAUGUGAUGCUUGUUUUAAUAAAAUCAAUCAUGUUAUACAUUUAAAAAAAAAAGAAUAUCAUAAAAAAAAUCAUAAGAAUUUUAAAAAUCCUAAAUAUAUUUUACUAUUUUUUAAUAUUAAAUAUUGCCCCUUCUCCAGAAAAGGGAUGUUUCUUUUGUAAAAUGUUUGUUUUACACGUUUCGGAUGUUCCUUCAGAGUUGAAGAUAGUUUACUGCCUAGUCCAAACCUCCCGCAGGACGACGGGGGGAUGGGAGCGGGCAGGGUUUAAACCCUCGAUCGUCUAUAAAUCCGAACGACAGUCCAGCGCGCAAACCGCACGACCAGUAAAUCAAGGUAUAGUGGCUUUUGGACAAAAUAUGUUUACUGUGUUAUAUAUAUAUAUAUAUAAUGUGAUUGAUGAGAUUUUUUUUCCUAAACUUUUUGUCUUUAAAAAAUGAACUUUUUACUUUUUUAUGUGUAGCUCAAGAAAAGUUUUAGUUUUUUUUUUGGUUAGCAAAAAAUUCCUUUGACACUUUUCUGGUAAAAGUAGAAGGAAUCAAAUCAAAUAAUAGAAUUUCUUUUUCUAAGCUUUAUUGUGAUAUUUUAUAUGGUUUUAUUAUUUUUGUUUAGACAGUAUUUAUAUCUGCUGAAUGUGUAAACUUCAUUUUGUCAUGUGAAGUUGACUUACCAUUGAGCUUAUCGUCUGAAGUUGACUUAUCAUUGAGUUAAUCUUCUCAAGUUGACUUAUCAUUGAGUUAAUCUUCUAAAGUUGAUACAACGUAAACCACAAAAAUAUAAAAUGAAUUGCUUUCUCUGGUAAUGACAGAGAACUACUCCUAUAUCAAUCAGUCCCAUUAUGUGAACUUUUUUUUUUUGGUUUGCUUGGCUCAUUUAAAGUAUUAAUUACAUGAAUUAUUUCAAAGCUUAUAUUAACUCUGUCUAUAUGUUUGGUAAAAAGUUUAAACACUUUACUUCUUCCACACCCAUUCUUGGAUCAAGCUGAAACUUUGCAGAAUUAUUUCUUUACCUUAAAAAAGAAGAAUCAAUAAAAAAAAUUAACCAGUUAGUUAAUUUAUUAUUGGUAAUUAAUUAUUUUGUUUGGAACAAGAAUGAGAAAUUAUACCUGACUGAUGUGGCGGUACAAGUUGAAUUCUUCCCAUUUAUACUUUGUCCCUUGAAACUUUGAAGGGAACAAUAGAUAGCAAUGAAACCUAUUUUCAUAAGCACUUAGCUGCACAUAAUGGCACAUAACUUUUUUUUUUAUAAAAUACAUUUAAAAAGCUAUGACGGUAACCUUCACCCAGAUACCCCCUUCUUUCUCCAAACUAAUUGUUGCAAUUACUUUUGUUUUCAAAAAAAAACAUUUUUUAUGUUAUUUUGUUGGCAUUGUGUUCAUUUUGAUGAGCCUAUUUUAAUAUUUGACGUAAGAUGUAAUUUUUAAUGAAAUACUGUCCUAUUGUUUGCCGAUCUCUUCUGAUAAUGAACGUUUGUUCCAUUUUUUUUUAUUCAUUUAAAAAUAUUGUCAUUCGCAGCUGUUAUAUAUUGGCAAUUAUGGCUACUUAAAAAAAAAUGUUUUAUUGUACAUCCUAUUUGUGACAAUCAUUGUUGUAGUCUGAAAAAAAUAGUAGUCUCGCUGAAAAAUAGGGAAACUAGAAUUGUGUCAAACCAACUAAUAAUGUAGCACAAAAGUUUAAUGUAGAUAUAGAUCUAGCAGAGCUCCAAUGUUUUUUUGAGUUCAGACCAUGGGUGGGUAGGGAUGGAUCAAUCUCUGUGAAUUAAUGUUCUUACGUUUUCUAAUUUAGUUCACGUCUGACCAAUUGUACAACUCAGAAUGUAGGUGAUAAAAUACAUGUACUUGUUCAAACAUGCUGAGAUACAGUAUUCAAUAACUUUGUAACAUAUUUUUUAAUAUUAACUCUUUCUCUCCAUAAUUAUUUUUCCACGUUUCAAAGGAAUUCUUUAUUUUGCUCAUUACUAUUUCACUACCUUGUUAUGAUUAAGCUUCAAUAGCUUUGUUGUUUGUUAUCAGUAAAUGUUGUAUUUGGUAUAGAAUUAAAGGGAAAUGCAUGCUCUUUUUAAAUAACACAAAGUCAGGUUUAUAAAAUUAAACAUUAAUUUAUUUUAAUGACAUCAAAAUCAACGAUGGUAUGGUGGAUUAGGAGAGAAAGAGUUAAUACUUUUUUCUUCUUUUUACUUUGAUCAAUAUCUUCAGAUCCUCAAUUUUUUAAUAUUAUCAGGGUCCAAAUAUUGGAAUGGUCACUUUUUUUUUCUCAAAUAAGCUACUAUUUGGUUGAAAUUAUGUUUUAUGCUUAUGAACUGUUGUCAUGUUUGCCAUGGGUUCCAUUUUAUUACUUUUUUUUACAACUAUCUGCUGAUUUUUUUUCUCUCCAAUUUUCUUCCUUUUUAAAAUUUAUAUUUAAGUAUUUUUUUUUUUAAUGUUCCAUUUCUUAUUUUAUUUAUAAAAGAUGUAGAUGUUGAUUGUUUUAAUGACAGAAUUGUGAAGAUUGUGUUACGGAAUUACUUCAUGUUGAUGUAAAUUAUGCAGGCAAUAUCCUUUUGAACUUAACUCUCUUAUCCAGUGCUUUUUUUUGUGACAGUAUGCACUGGUACGGUGUACCGGCACCUUUUUCAAUGUGGAGUUAAAAAAUUAUUACUUUUCUUGUAUUUUAAGGUUUAUUAUUAAUUUAUUAGUAGUUAAAAUUUAGGCAAUCCAUCAUUGAGUACCGGCACCUAUUUUUUUUUUUACAAAAAAAGCACUGCUCUUAUCUAUAUACUUAUACCUGAAAGCAAAAGGCCCGUUAGAAGUUGAAGAAGACCCAAUAACUUACUGCACGUUUUACAAAUAUCAUAAUUGGAUCGAAUGUAUGAAUGCAUGGCAAUGUCUUUGAUUCCGAAGAUUAAAGUUGAAUUCUGUGUUUCACUUCGGCUAUGCAAACCCAGUUGCUACCUGUAUAUUUUCCCACAUCUGAUGCAGACAAAGCCAUUGUCCCCUGAUGGUCUAUUUAAGUUUUCUUUGCGCCUCCUGCACUUGUCUUCUACAGGGGCCAGCAUGCACGAGGUAUUUGUGGAAUGUGGAUUGCGCAGACCAAAACCAUUCUCUAGGCCAUAUGUUACCACUUUGGCUCAAUAGUCUGAGUGGAUACAAUGAUAAACCAUGAUAUCACAGUCAUAUUCAGUUGAAUUCAUUUAAUCUUUUAAUUACACUACUUAAAAAUACAAUCUAGUUAAAUGGCCUUUUGUUGAUGGGCAUGAAACCAAAAUAACAAUCCGCUAAGAAAGUCUUAUAUUUCAAUGCUAACUUAAUUUACUACUAUGAAUAUGAUAGGUAGGUUUAAGUAAGCUUAUCAGUUUGAUCUGAGUUUGUGUUAAUAUUUUUACUGUAGUCAUUUGUCUUAUAUGACCACUAACUGCCUUGCUCUAUGCAAAAUCUAAAUGGGCAGUUGUUCUUAUAUAUAGCAAAGAAUAUGUAUAAAUAUUAUAUACAUUUGAGUAGUGUAGUUUUAAAAGUGAAACAGCGCCAUAUAAUUAUUUGUUACAACCAGUAGCAUGCUAUAACAUAUUCUCAUGAAUUACUACUAUUGAAACAUAUCAGUGGUGUGCUCGCCUCUUUCCUGGCAUCUAAAUUUGUAGUAGUUCUCCUUUCAUUAUUCCCUUCUACUUGACCAAUGGUCUAGCUUCACCUCUAGUAGUGAUCAAUGUAUGGCUACUGGCUAGCUACAGUGUCUAGAACCAUAAGAUCUAAAACAAGCAUGAAUUAAAAAAUAAAAAGGAAUCUAUUGAGAUGAUUGCCUUUUUUAAAGCUGCAUUUGGCUGAUCUGAGAAAUCUAUUGUACCGCUAUGCUCCACCAGUGUAUUUUUGUAAAAUGUUUUACAUUUUCCUUAUCUACUUACUAGUACCAACCUCCCGCAGGACUUCAGGGGAUGGCAGUGGGCAGGUUAUGAACCCUUGGACCAUCGAGACAACCAAACUACAGUUGAACGAACAUACGCAUGACCAGGCAGCCAUCUAGCUUUCUGGAUGAUGAAGUUAAUUAUUUGAUCCUAGAUUUUUAGAGAGCAUCCCAUAUAUCUAUGAUUAAACUAAUGAGGGAAGCAAUGUUUGAUUGUUUGAUCUGUAUGUUAAGAAUGCUUAUUUGUUUAACAUUAUAUACAAUGUAAACAUCUGUUGAAAAAAAAAACUUGUUGACAUUGAAAAAAAAAUUAUUCAAUACAAAUGCUGAAAUAAUCA